AUGGUUGGAAAAAGAGGCCCUUACAAGAAAUACCUACUACAAGGUGAUAUUCAAGAAAUUCCAGAAUCUACACAUCGAUAUCGACAAAGAAAGAAAAAAGCGCGCAUUGAUAAUGAAUCUUUUAAAAUGAAUGGUUCCUCUGAUGAUGAAGAUGAUAAUUUUGAGGUUAUCGACGUUGAUACGUAUUCUCGUAAUUUAAAAGAUUCACCAAAAGUUCAUUCAUUGUCAAUAAAAAAUAAUGUUGAAAUUCAGUCAUCUGAAACUAAUUGCAUGGAAAUAAAAGCUGCGUCACUUAAAGGAGCAAUUUCAGCUGAUAGAAACUCAGCGGAUUUAUUAUAUAAUGUUACUACCAAUUAUUUUGAAAUAAAUCCAAAUGAUAUCGAUCCAAAUGAUAAUGAUAAUCUUCCUGAUGAAAAUGACUCCGAAGAUGAUUUAUUCUACGAUGUUCCUGAACUGUUUGAAGUUAAACUAACUGAUUACAUUCAAGAAAUUGAGACUCGAAUUCCAAUUUACGAAGGAUCUAUGUUGACUAAAAAAGAAAGCGAAGUUUUAAUAUUAGCGCAAACUCUACGUCAUGGGUUUUCAGAUUCUGCAUUAGACAGUACUCUUCAAAUCAUUAAUUGUCACUUACCGUUUGACAUCCACGGAUCAAAAUACAACUUCUUAAAAUCUUUCCCCAAUCCAAAUGCAAUUACUUAUUAUUACUGCAAUAGCUGUUCAACAAUUUUAAAUUUUGAGGACUCGGAAGAAUCAACUUGCAAAAACUGUACUACACGCUACGUAAAAUCUAUCCUUCACAAAAAUGGAAAAUAUUUUUUAUACGUACCGCUUAAAGAACAAUUAAAACAAUUCGUAAAAAGCAAAUAUUACAAGUUCCUGCGAAAAAGUAGUGAUGACGAAUCAGAUAUCAUAAAUGGUAAAUUCUAUCGUUUAUUAAGAGAAAAAAAAAUUAUUGGAGAUAUCGACCUCACAAUCCAGUGGAAUACUGAUGGAAUUAAAACUUUUGUCUCAUCAAAACCAUCAAUCUGGGCGAUUUUAGUUCAAAUCAAUGAAUUACCAUACAGAAUGAGGAAAGAUAAUAUGUUUUGUUGCGGGAUUUGGUUUGCUUCUGAAAAACCACCAAUGAACUUAUUCCUUCUCCCUUUCAGUGAAGAGAUGAUCGAAUUACACGAAACUGGUUUUGAUUCGGAAACAUUUUUAGACGAAAAACCGAUCACAAUAAAAGUACAUACAAUUUGUGCUCCUGUUGAUUCACCUGCUCGAUGUGCAAUUCAACAUUUAAAACAGUACAAUGGAGAAUUUGGUUGUGGUUAUUGUUUGCAUCCUGGAGAAGAAAUACCGUUUGGAAAUGGGCACGCGAGAGUAUACUGUGGAGACAAACAUAAAGGACGAACCUUAAAGCAGCAUUUAGCUGACGUAUCAACAGUUGUCGAAAGCAGCGAAAUUACAGAACUCAAUGGUGUGAAAGGACCUUCUGUUAUAAUGCAAAUACCUAUUUUUCAUAUAAUUUGGUCAUUCCCUCCAGAGUAUUUGCAUGUUGUUGCUGAAGGUGUUGCAGAAUUAGUGACAGAUUUGUGGUUUGAUUCCAAGCAUCAUGAAGCUAACUGGUACCUAGGGAAAGAAUUAGAUGAAAUAGAUAAAUUACUUUUAAGCAUAAAGCCUCCAACUGAAUUGACCCGUUGUCCUCAAUCAAUCAAGAAUCGUUGCCGAUGGAAAGCUUCAGAAUGGAAGAAUUUCAUUUUGUACUUCUCCCUCGUGUGUCUUCGAAAAUUAAAAACAACAAAAAAAAAGAAAUAUUAUCAGCACUGGUUCUUGUUCGUUUAUAGUAUCAACAUUUUUUCAAAAACGAAAAUUAGCGAAGUUGAAUUUUCAAAAGCAAGUGAAGCUAUCCGAUUGUUUGUUCUAAAGUUUGAAGACUUAUAUGGAAAGGAAUACAUGAAAUACAAUGUACAUUUGUUGUUACAUAUCCCCCAAAGCGUCAAAAAUUUUGGUGCUCUGUGGGCCUGGUCCACUUUUCCCUACGAGCAUUAUAAUGGGGUUAUAAAAAAAUUAUUUAAAGGAACCCAAUAUCUUCCUGAACAAAUAAUCAAGUCGUACACGAGAUUAAAGUAUGUAAAGUUAUCUUCUUCAGUUUUUUCUAAGGCUGACUCGAGCGCACGGGGCAAAAAUUUAUUUCAAACUUUAAUGAAAGAGAUUAAAGUUAAAAGAUGCAUAGAAUACGGAGAAGAUUUAAGAGUUUUUGGAUGCGCACAAGAAGUACAAUUAACGGACUUGACGAAAUUGGUAAUAACUCAUUUUAUUGAAGAGGAGAUUCAAAGUUGUGCUCUAUCGUUUGACCGUUUUAUUAUAAAACACAUCCUAAUUCACACCGAGAAAUACCUAAGAUUAACAAAAAGAAAGAAUUGUGUAGUUAAAACAUCAGACGGGGUUUUUAUAUCAAUCACCAAUUUUCUGUGCAUUAAAACUGCAAGAGGUGAAUCGAAGCAAGUGGUAAUUGGAAAAGAAUUGCAAGUACAAAAAGAAGCACUUUGCAAUUACGAAAACUUUGCAUCGUUUGAGUUCUCCUUUAUUGUUAAAGAAACUAAAAAUAUUAUUCCUUGUUGGCCAACAAUGAUUGAAACCAAAUGUGUGUACAUUCCACAUGACAAUCAAUGCUGCGUGAUACCAUUAGCAAAUUCAUUGGAAACUGAUUAAGAACAUGUACGAGACUCAUAUAGUUAAAAUACAGUAAGAAAGACGCUGCAUACAGGCUUUUGAUCUAUACUGAAAUACUUCGUGUAUUUUCGAUUUUUAAAACGGAACACUAAUUCCAUUAUAGAAAGGACCAAAUUAAAAUAAUAAACGAGAUAGUCACGAAACUAAGCAUAAAAAUACAAAAGAAAAACGAAGAAAUAUUAGAAAAUCAAUAUUUCUAAAUAAAAAUUGCAUUAUAGUGUGCUAUAAUAAUGUUAUUACAACAAUAAUUACAAUUAUCAUUAAAUUAAAUUUACAUU